UUGUUUGUGUCGGUCUGUUCCUCUCGUGCAGUGGCGUCUUCUUGGAGACGGCAGGGCGAUCAGGGGUGUGAGAAAACAGGUGUUAGCCGGUGAUUUUGGCCCGAUUCUCCACUCUCUUUCGUGACCAAAACAACAGCGUCGCGACCCCUGCAGAUGCCAGAAUGAGCUCCGGUGGCCCGGGCAGCGACACCGAGGAGUCUCAAGACAGGCCCUACAGUCGAGCCUCGGAGCGCGACGAACCGGAGGAAAAUGAGUCCGAAGACGAAGAGGAGGAGGAGGAAGAGGAGGAUGAGAACACAGGGCAAGCUUACGUGAACGACAGUGACAAUGCUCGGGCCCAGAGUAGCUCGAGAUCCGAUCACGGGGAGCGCACGCCUGGCUCUGGAGUGGCUGACUCGCUCUUCUCGUGGAUCUGGAAGAGGAGUAUUCGCCGGGGGCCAUAUGUUGACCCAUCCCGGGAUAAUUUUCGUACCAUGACCAGUCUGUAUGCCUCCAUGAACCCAACCGACUCGGUUAACAUCAACACACAGACUCACGGUGCUGUCUUUAACCUCGAGUAUUCACCAGACGGGUCUGUACUGACUGUGGCUUGUGAGCAGACGGAGGUAUUGCUCUUCGAUCCGGUGUCAUCUAAACAUAUCAAAACUCUGGUAGAGGCGCACGAGGACUGUGUCAACAACAUCAGGUUCCUGGACAACCGUCUGUUCGCCACAUGCUCGGACGACACCACCAUCGCGCUGUGGGACCUGCGCAACCUGAGCGGCAAGGUGUGCUCGCUACACGGCCAUGCCAGCUGGGUGAAGAACAUUGAGUACGACACGCACACGCGCCUGCUCGUCACCUCGGGCUUCGACGGGAACGUCAUCACCUGGGACACCAACAGGUUUACGGAGGACGGUUGUCCCCAUAAGAAGUUCUUCCACACGCGCUACCUGAUGCGGAUGCGCCUGACGCCGGACUGCAGCCGGAUGCUCAUCAGCACCUCCUCUGGCUACCUGCUGAUACUGCACGACCUUGACCUCACCCAGAGCCUGGAGGUCGGCAGCUACCGCAUACUGCGCGCACGGCGGACACCACAAAACACAGAGCCAUCUGCCUCGCGAUCCGCUGGUGUUCCUCGUCAUGGAAACGACUCAAGCAAACUCCACCCCCACAGAGAAGGUGAUCGAAGAUGGGUGUCGGGGGCAGGUUUGUCUCCCAGGAACAGUCUGGAGGUGUUAACCCCCGAGGUGCCGGGAGAGAAGGAGAGGGGCAACUGCAUCACUUCUCUACAGCUUCACCCCAAAGGCUGGGCCACGCUUCUACGCUGCUCCAGCAACACUGAUGACCAAGAGUGGACGUGCGUGUACGAGUUCCAGGAGGAGCAGCCCCAGCGCCACACGGUGCUCCCGCGCUGCUCGCUGCGCCUCAGCCACUACAUCGAGGAGGCCAACGUGGGCCGCGGCUACAUCAAGGAGCUCUGCUUCAGCCCCGACGGCCGCCUCAUCUGCUCGCCGUACGGCUACGGCGUGCGGCUGCUGGCCUUCGACGAGCGCUGCGGCGAGCUGGCCGACUGCCUGCCCGCCCGCACGGCCCUGCUGCGCGAGGUGCGCUCCGUCUACUCGCACAGCGACGUGGUGCUCACCUCCAAGUUCUCGCCCACGCACUGCCAGCUGGCGUCGGGCUGCCUGAGCGGACGCGUCGCCCUCUACCAGCCGCACUUCUGAA